CCGACGGUUCCGCCAUCGACGGCAUCGACUACUCUCGACAAAGCGGCGUCCGUGUCCCCGUGUAUCUUGGCGAGGCGAUGUGCUCUCCGCGACGCCCCACCGGCACCGGCGGCUCCAACGGCGCGCGAAUUAACGGGCGCCACGAUGAGGGACGAUUAGCGCGUGCGUAGGGGCGCGUCAGUGAUGCCCGGUCUAGAGGGGAGUAUUUGGCACGACACGAGUCCACCACCCACGCGCGCCCUAAUGUCCGAUGGGGAUCAUGCGGUGCCCGAGCAAGUGAAAAGGUUCGUCUUCAGGUCGCGGAAGACGCAGGGCGACGAGCGCGAGGAGAGCCUGGAGAUCCUCAUUCCCGAGCUGCUGCAGGCGAAUUACAGUUUUUACACCUGGCCCUGCGCGCCCGUGCUCGCCUGGUAUCUCUGGGAGCACAGAGAAAGCUUGGUCGGCAAGCGGGUGCUGGAGAUCGGAGCGGGCACCUCACUGCCCGGCAUCCUCGCCAGCAAGUGCGGCGCCAUCGUGACGUUGAGCGACUCGGCGAGCCAACCGAGGACCCUACAGCACAUCAAGAGGUGCUGCGAGUUGAACGGGGUCCUGGACCAGGUCCAGAUUGUCGGCAUCACCUGGGGCUUCUUCCUGUCCAGCCUGUUCUCGCUCGGGCAGCUAGACCUGAUCAUCGGCUCGGACUGCUUCUACGAGCCCACUGUGUUCGAGGACAUAGUGGUCGUCGUGGCGUUCCUGCUGAAGAAGAACCCCUGCGCUAGAUUCCUCUGUACUUAUCAGGAGCGUAGCGCCGACUGGUCCAUUGAGCACCUGCUGAACAAGUGGGGACUGUCGUGUAUGCACAUAGCGCUGGACAAUCUCGGCGCGAAUUCCGACGUUAACCUGCACGAGUUGAUGCAAGAUCACACGAUACACCUGUUGGACAUACAGCGAGCGGUAUAAGCGAAUCGACUCU